GCUGCGUGAUGACGUACAUCUUAGCGUCUGUUUGAGAUGUUUGUAGCUUUAGCAGCGCCAACUUUAGCGGCAUGUCUGAUGUUUAUGAGAAAAAGAAAGACAUAAAAGCUUCGACUGUUCUCAGACUGGGGAGGUGUUUAGUCUGAGAUGACGUCAGCGAUUCUCGCGGCCAUAAAUAUUCUCACCAGACCUUUUAGCGCGGCAUCUGUGCAGGCCUCGCAGCCAGAGGCCCUGCUGGCAGCUCUGGGGGCCAACAGGACCCUCCUCCUGGAGCAGCUUCAGGGUGACAGCAGCUUGGAGGCGGUGAGGAGUCUGAGGGAGCAAGUGAAGACAUCAUCGGACUGGUUCUGCUGUGACACAGAAGACCCCACAUGGAGCUUUGUUCAGGAGUGUCUCCUGCUGCUCCUCACCUUGACACAACACCUGUCGGAUGAGCUGGAGCACCUCCAGCAGGCCACGCCUCCGUCGGCAGAGAGGCGGUCCACCCCGGAUAUGGCUCCAACUUUACCCCCCGACGUUCUAAGCAUCUCCCAGCAGAAGGCGCUGGAAGCUACUCUGCAGUUUGUGGUUUCUCUGGGGCUCUGCCCCUACCUGGCCCCUGGAGUGGGUGUUGCCCUGGGACGCAGGUCAGCUUUUGGAGCCAUUGUAGAGAAAGUAGUCCUUAAAGAGGUGCUGCCCACAGCGGGGCGGCGCCUUCUUAUCACCACUAAAGUCCUGCUGCAGCUGUCGCAGCUGUCCACACUUGCCACACUGGUGUUCACACGGCAUCUGGGGGACGUGAUGGCAGCUUUGUGUCAGCUGGGCUAUGAGCCAUGCAGAGAUGAGUACAGGCAGCUCAGUGCAGAAGAGUGUCGAACAUGCAAGGAGGCCCUCAGGAACCUCCUCAGUAAAGUCUACCAGCCAAUCGUCGUCAAGGAGCUUCUGAUCCUCCAAGGUGGACCCAAACAGCAGUCUGGUCCUGCAGGGACCUCCGUUGGAUCCAGCGGCAGGGCAGGUCUGGGAUCAGCUCCAGCCUGGCUGAGGCGUCUGUGUGGCCAGCUGCUCUCUGAGCGUCUGAUGCAGCCUCAUGGUGUUCAGGCUGUGGUCAGGGCAGUCCUGGAAGGAGGAACAGGAGGCGAGUCAGACUGGAGGAAAUGUGAUGCUGUUGCCAGGAUCCUGGCGGCCUGUCCCCAACAGGCUGCAUCAGUAGAAGACUACUUCAGACUCGUCUGUCCUCAGAUUCUGGACCUGCUUCACUUUAGAGACAAGCUGACAGCCUUGCAGUUCCAGCGUGUGGCCACCAGGGUGGUGCACUCCAUGGUCCAGGAGAGGCCCAGCUUGGCUCAGCGAUGCCUGCUUGGGCCGCUGCUGGAGCCGCUCCACCGCUGCACCUCCACCUCCAGUGACGGGUGUCCUAGAGUUGCUGUAGACGAGUCAGAGAUGACGUGUUGUGUGGAGGAUGUGUACAAAAUCUGGGUGGUUGGAAACAGUCCGUCACCAACUAUUUUUAGGACGCUUGAGGAAGUUCUUCCUGUUAUCUUCACGCUCUUCUGUUUCACCAAACAGAAUGUCUCCCACCUCCGCGCCCCCUGUCAGGAGAUUUUACUUUGGUACCUGAGCCACGCUGAAACGUCUGCUGCGCUGUCUACACUGAGGCAGCUUUCAGGCCUGCAGACAUCGAAGAAGGAUGUGGCGGCAGACUUCUGCUUCACUGUGGGCAGUAAUGGAGGCGCCAGACUCUGUUGUAAAGAGAUCUGCAGUGACGAGGAUGAUGAGCUGUAUGCGAAGCUGUCAGGGGAACAGUGGAGGCUGGAGUGUCUGACAAUGCUGCUGGCUGAACUCAAGGACUCUGACCUGCCCAGUGACUUCUUCCUGGACCUGCUGCAGGAGUUGACGAGCUGGAAGGCUGCAGGAGAUGGAGAUGAAGAGGAAGUGGAUGUGUCGGCCAUGACGCUGUUGGAGGUGGAACAGCAGCUGCUGGGCCGAACCAAGAGACGAGCCCGGAGACUGGCUUUGCUUCAGGUCUUGGCUGUGAUGGUGGAGGGUCUGCAGCACACUCAGCUGCUAAGAAAGACCAUGCAGGUGGUGGACUUCAUGGUGUCCCUGUUCCAGAGGGCCUGCGUGGGCCUGCAUGAGGCUUGUGGGCCAGAUGUUGGGCACCCAGUGGAGAGCCAGACUCUCAGCAUGGGCAUGGGCCUGGUGGCCACUUUGCUAUCGGCUCCUCAGCUCAGUGUGGAGGACUAUUCAUCCAUGUCGAGGCUGCUUCCGCCUCUGCAGACUCUGUCUCAGCAACAUCCCGAUGAGGUCAUCCAGGAGCUGGCAUCCAACCUCAGAGCUGUCAUCGCCACUCAUGGUGCCUUCAGGCCUGAAAACCUCCCUGCCGCUGCUUCAUCUUCCAGGAAGCCUGAAAAGGCAGCAGAAAGCCACGAAUUUCCAGCAUCUUCCUCACGGCCUCCAAGAGUAGCAGGAAAGAGCUCCACUGCUGACUCGCCCAACAAGCUGUUUUCUGAUUGGCUACUGGAGGCGUGUGACCCAGAUGUGCCUACCAGAGCGUUCGCCCUCAGGAUCCUGACCCGAAUGGUGCAACACAAAAACCCAGAAGCCAUACAGGACCAAGAGAAAGUCCUCCUGCUCUUCUUAGAAAACCUGGAGCAUGAAGACUCAUUUGUCUACCUGUCAGCCAUCCAAGGUCUGGCUGCACUGGCUGAUUCCUACCCUGACCAGAUCCUGGACAGGCUCCUGAAAGACUUCCAAACCGGACCCUCUCUUCCUUUGUCCAACAAGGAGCGCUCGCUAGAGACCCGGCUAAAGGUGGGAGAGGUCCUGAUGCGGGCAAGCAGGGCGAUGGGGGAACUGGCACCCCACCUUGGCCGUCCUCUAGUUGACGUCUUCCUGCAGGGAACCAGAGAUCCAGAUCACAGUGUCCGGGCCAGUAGUUUGUCCAACCUGGGAGAGCUCUGUCAGAGACUAAACUAUGCCCUGGGGCCACUGGCUCAAGAGCUGAGCUCCUGUCUGACGGCUCUGAUAAAGACUGAAAAGGAGGCUGAGGUGAGGAGAGCUGCCAUCCAUGUCAUUGCUGAGCUUCUCCGAGGCCUCGCCGAUAAAACCACGCAGGUUCUCAGUGAUGUUCUGUUGGACCUGUACCGGGCCCUGAAGUGGGUGGUUCGCUCAGACCCAGAUGAGGUUGCAGUGCUACAUGCACAGCUGGCUCUGGAGGAGCUGGAUGAUGUGAUGAGGAGGUUCAUCUUCCCACAGCAGAAACUGGAGAAGAAGAUCGUUGUCCUGCCGUAGAACUCAAUGAAUACCAAUGUGCAAAUAAAGUUAUAACCAUGUCAGUUCUAGGUGUUUGUUUAGAUUUUACUACAAAUAUAACAUGUAUACAUAACAGGAAGAAUAUUGU